AUGCUUGAUUUGAGCAAAAAAGUAUGCAUUCUAGACAACGUGAAUUGUGUGACUAGUGGAGGAUUUGACGUUUAUAAAGCUGUUGUAAAUGGAGUCCAAGGCUUAAUUGCACCUUUAGACCCAUUACAUAUAGAAAAAAUUGAAGGAGUAUUGGAAAACGUAAAAUAUAAAUUAACUAAUAUCACAAUGGAGGGUUUGAAAAACUGUACAGUCACGAAACUAACAUUAAACGCGACUGCAAAUAAAUAUGAUCAAUAUCUACAUUGUCCUAAAUUGGUUUCACAUUUUUACUUCGAAGCUCGAGAAAACACGCAUAAACCAGUGCUUCGUGGAAAAGGAACAGCUACAAUAGCUGCUUAUGAUUAUGAUAUACUUAACUAUGGACUAUAUUCAGUAUUUGUGAAUGAAGAUCACAGGCCACAUUUCUUUAUUAUUACUCAAGACUCCAAAACUAACCUUAAAGGAAAACUAGCAUUUGGAAUCACCAACGCCAAUCUCAUUAACACCAAUAAAGUAAAUGAAACAGUUAAGUACAUGAAUGACCGUUGGAGGCAAACCGAAAACUUCCUACAUAAACCAAUUGUCAAGAGAGCCAUGAAAAUAUUAUUUAAUAAAAUUGACAUCUACAUCAGAAAGUAUACAAUGGGAGAAGUGCUUCCUGAUAAGAACGAUACACUUUGUGAGAACUUAGAGAAUGAAGUUCAAAAGUAG